AUGGCAAUGUGCGAGCGGAACCCUCUGAACCCGGGAUAUGUUGGACCUCUGUUGAAUUUGGCCCCCACCCCCGAGUCGCUCUAUUUGUCCAACUUGCGGGGCAAUGGGGCCCACAUGCCCGCGCUCCACCAUCACCACCACCACAUCCCUUUCAACAGGAGGGCAGAGCUGUGCACGCUCCCGUGGCCCGCCUCAAGUUCGUGCACGUCCGGCCCGGUCGCGCCACCACAGAACCGCGCCUUCGGAGCCUACUGCCCUCCGUUCCGCGCCAACCCGACCGCGCCUGUAAACAACAACAACCCCGCCAAGGCUGCUGCCCCGGAGGAGCCUCCGCCUGCACCGCGGUGUCUGCAGGGCCCCGACCACAAGGCGCCACCGCCGGCCGGACCCCAUCAGGUCUACGCGGAGGAGCUGCAAGGCCACGCCGGGGGGCUGCGCGGGUAUUUGGACGUGGAGGACCGAGGUUCUGCCAUCCAGCUGGAGCAGGACUCUGCAGGUCGACUCCAUGCAAACAAUAAACAGCAAGCUCGGCCUCCUUCCGCUCUCACGUGCACCAGGUCCACUUUUGCUGAAGGUGGUCCAUGGUGCUCGUCCCACCUGGUGAGGAGCAGAAAGAAGAGGAAGCCUUACUCCAAACCUCAGCUGGCUGAACUUGAGAGCGAAUUCCUCCUCAAUGAGUUCAUCAACAGGCAGAAGCGGAAGGAGCUUUCUGACAGACUGGACCUGAGCGACCAGCAGGUGAAAAUUUGGUUCCAGAACCGCAGGAUGAAGAAGAAACGACUCCUGAUGCGAGAACAAGCCUUUGGUGCGUAUUGAUGACGAGUUUGGGGGUGGGUGAUGAAGAAGUAUACCUCAUGUUUUGGACCACCCCAGACGUGGACUUUUUAUUUAUAAACGUACGUGAGAUGCUUCAGUCCCCCGUUACGUCAUACUUCACAGUCAGGCAGCCAUGGACGGUUUGGACGCGAGGACACGAGCCUCCUAAAUGACUAUUUAAAAUAUUUGUGGGUUGUUGUUUUUUCCCUCUGUGACUUGUGUGUCUUAAAAUCAAGUUUAUG